GAGAGGGGCUCUUCUGUGUGACCACGGGUUGGAGUAAACGGCACUAGUGCUGUGAGCGCUGAUUUGAAGUGAAGACAAAAAAUACAAAAAUACAAAAAUAAAAAGCAAGGCCAAACUACAAAUAAAUUCUGUACGUGUGUGUGUGGGGGGGUGUGUGGUGUGUGGUCAGUAACCAGCGAGUGUGCUCUGAAGACAUGCCAGUGUGGUGUGCGGGUGGCCAGAAGCCGAGGACAAAGGGCGGUGAGGGCGCAGGGAGUAGGGAGGGAGUCGCGGGAGGUGUGGACGACCUUGCCAGGCUAGCAGAGAAGAAGAUAGGGCUGCCGCCCCCGGGCAAGGAGCUCUACCUCGACUCUAAAAUCAAGGCAUGUCUCCGGUGGAAGCAGGUCCACAGGAUGGGACCGGGGCUCCGCAAUCUGGGCAACACCUGCUUCCUUAACGCCACCCUGCAGUGCCUCAGCUACCUUCCCCCGCUGGCCCAGCACCUCCUCAAGGGGUUCUACGGUCAGGGCCCCCAGGGGAUCGCUUCAAGAGGCCCCCGUCCAAUGGGAGGCUUCCGGGAGUUCACGAAGGUGGAGAUACUGGCGGCGAUGGAGCAGCACACGAAGCAGGUGCACCAGGGACAGUUCACGGGGCUAGGGGCGAUCAGCCCGAAGGUUUUGGUUCAGAACCUUCGUAUGAUCGGGAGGCAGUUUCGCCAGGGAAGACAGGAGGACGCCCACGAGUUCCUGCGGCACCUCCUGGACAAGAUGGUGGACUGCUACCUCAAACGCAGGGGGGUCAAGUCUUCCGCGCCCAACAGGCUGGCCGAGACGACGCCGAUCAACCGCAUCUUCGGAGGGUACCUCCGCAGCCGGCUCAAGUGCACUAAGUGCGGUCACUGCAGCGACACGUUCGACCCUUUCAUGGACCUGUCCAUGGACCUCUCGAGGGGAGUGCGAUCGAUAGACGUGGCUUUGAGGCGUUUUGUCGCGACGGAGCGGCUGGGUUCCGGUAACGAGUGGCGGUGCGGUGGGUGCAAGAAGCCGGUUCAGGCGGAGAAGAGCCUCUCGGUUUUCAAGCCCCCGAACGCGCUGGUCCUGCAGCUCAAGAGGUUCGUCUUCACCCGCAAGGCGAGCAAGAUCAAAGACCACAUCCAGUUCGCUGAUGUCCUCAACCUCUCCGUCUCGGGACCGGAGCGUUCCGCGCUGUACGACCUCACGGGGGUUGUUGUACACGCUGGAGGCUCGAUGUCGUCUGGCCACUACUACGCCUAUGUGCGAUCGUGCGCCGGGAUGUGGUCUAGGAUGGACGACUGCUCCGUCUCGAAGGUCAAGAGAGAGACCGUGCUCAGGGAUCAAGCCUACGUCCUGUUCUACACUCGGCGCCCGGCUCCAAAGCCCGUCGUGGCUAGCAUCCCCCCCGCGCCGUCCCUCUCCCCCGCGGUUAAGGUUUUAAGCGCCGCCUCCGCCGCUGCGGUUGGAAAGCCCGCUGCACCGGCAUCUACCGCCGCUCCUGAGACGAAGCGAAAAAAGUUGGUACCCGCGCCGGAGGGGAAGGAACUCGUCGGCGUGCCACCUCGCCAAGGAGAAGAAGGGUGCAACGGCAACCGCGGAGGCACUUCGGCGGUGCCGGCGACGGCGGCCGAGUCAGGCGGGGGACCGGUCAAGUCCCCACCACCGCCUACCGUUCCCCCAUCAACACCUCUCCCUCCCACCGUCAAGGCUAUCGCCACCACCACCACCACCCCAGCGACGACGACACCCGCUACACCCGCUGGUGUCCCGCCACCAGCAACAGCCGGCGCCGCGACCUGCGCUACUACGUCAUCGCGAGAAAACGAAGAGCCGGCGGCCGCGAGCUCCGCUCCGGUGGAAGCGGCGACAAGCGGCGGUGGCAAGGCGGCGGCGGCGGCGGGGGGGGCGGGCAACGGAGGCGGGGUGGUGGCCCCGUCUCCUCCGGUGGUGGUGGUGGUGGGGCCGGCGGCGGCGGCGGCGGCGGCGGCGUCCAGGACCGAGAGCAAGGGCAGCAGGAAGCGGAGGAGGAAGAGGGAGAUGGUUGAGGCGGCCGCGGCGGCUGCUGCCGCGGCCGCGGGAUCGGGACAGCUCGGAGACGGCGGCGGCAGCGGCAGCGGCGGCGACAAAGACGGUGGUGAGAGCGGAGAUGUAGAAAGCUGCAGCAAGAGGCAGAAGAAGCAAGACGGCCGGAGUCCAGAGGAGGGGCAGGGCGGCGCGGUGAAUGGCGGUGCUGGGAGCAGUCGCGAUCACGGCGCGAACGGUGGAAGCGUGCUCGAAGGGAGAGAGGGGCAUCAUCAUCAUCAUCACGCCGCGAACGGUACGCCCUCCGGCGAACAGAAGAUAGCGGCAGCACAGCAAGGAGAUGGUCACCAGGAAAAUGGGGUCGUGGCCGGUGAUUCGAGGAAGGAGCUGGAGAACGGUAGAAGUAGCGGGAAGGAUAAGGGAGGAGAGGAGCGGUUGAACGCCGGCGCGGAGGAGGCGCACGGAAACGCCGCCGCCGGCGGCGAGGUGGAAACCCCCGGCGGCAGCAACAAAAAGAAGCGCAGGAAGAAGAAGAGGAAGAAGCAGGGGCAAGAUCAACAGGCCGGCGGCGGGGAGGCGGGAGUCGUAGGAGGCGGCGAGCCAGCGGCGGACCCCGCGAUCGCGGCCGGCAAGCGCUCCCACAAAGAGGCAACGGCGGGCGUGGACGUUGGCGCCGCCGCCAUGAACAACAAGAAGCACAAGAACGGAGAGGUUACUGGCGGCGAGGGUGAGAGCCGGAGCGCCUCGACCAUCUCCGGCGCCGGCGUUGAGUCUCGCGAGUCGGCGACGGAGGGAACGGCGGCCGUGGCGGCGGACGCGGCAGCGCCGGCGGCGGCAGGGAGCGCGAACGGUGGCGGGGACGUGGGGGGGGACGGCGCGGAGGCAGGAGCUACCUCACCAUCGGUCUCGGCAGCGGGAAAGGAUGAGGUCGGGGCCCCGGCUGAUGCUGCAGCUCCUCACGCCAUGCCAGAGGCGCUCCACCGCUUGGCCUCCGCCAAGGAGUUGCAGUCGGGGCUGUCCCGGAAACAGGCGGCGGAGGAACACAAGGAUAAGAUCUCGAGGGCGUCAUCUUUCUGGGACCGCUCGUUGGAUAUGGGCAAGGUCAAGAAGGUGAAGGAGAAGAAGGACCCCCAAGAAAUGUCCGCCAGCAGCAGCGGCGACGCCUUCCAGGCAAAGCAGGAGCAGAUGCACGGCCAGUCCAAGAGGAGGGGGCACCGUGAGGAGAAAGACACCCCUAGAGGGAACCACGCCAACGGCGAGAGAGGGGGGAGGGGUAGACGGGGCAGGGGCGGCGGGCGGGGUAUGCGUGGGGGCGGUGGGAACCGGGGUGGGGGCAAGCGAUGGUGAAAGCAAUGGGCGGGGGGGGGGCUCCGGGGAGCCGUGAGGAGCUAGUCCACCACCUGGGUGUGGGCAGAAAGAAGGGCUGUUUGCCGCGCCCCGUGAAUGCACACAGGAGGUCUCGGGGCUUGUUCAGCCCUGCGUGUUGUCUCUGUGCACGUAUGUGUGAGUGUUCUCGUUGUUGCUGGCAUCGAGACUGCUUGCGUCUCUCACGGCUUGAAAAGUUAAGCACCGUGAGUUGAUUGGUUGCAUUGACAGUAUGCCUCUGGUGCUGCGAGGCGGUGUGCACGUUUUCCCAAUGGUGUCGGACGCCGGGGUGUUUGUAGCGGCGCCAGGCAUGUUGCCUGUAGAACGACGCAUGAGUGGGAGCAGCGCUGACAUACGGGCGUGUCGUUGCCCCGUUUUUUUUUGUUUUUUUUCGUCUCGUUCCCUUUGUUGUGUCCUCCAGGAAUCUCUCGUUUUCAUGAGUGGUUGCCUGUGAAACCGAUGUGUAUUCUUGCUGCUUUCUAUCGGCCGUGCUAGGUGGGCUGACCAAUGAAAAGACGCCGAAGUCUUGCAGUUAGGGCCAACCGUGGCGUUUUCUAGUCCGCAGACCCCCCGCCCCCCGCCCCCGCCCCCGCCCCCGAUCACUCGCGUGUGUGUUUUCUCCGGAUAGCACCGACCGCGCUAGCCAACGAAACGGCGUCAGUCGUGUGUGCGUGCGCGUCGACGGUUCUCAUCCGGUAAUGCGCGCGUCUGUGUUCUCGAUGAUUAUUUGUUCGGCAAAAGAGGCAUGCAUAAACUCUUUGCCCGCUGGUGUGGUGGUACAUGGCAAACAAGUCUCGGUCGCGUGCUACAAUGGCAGAGAAGAAGUGAUGUUGUACCUCUGCUCACGAAUGGCGAAAAAUUGGCCGAAACGGAGCUAGAGAUUCGAGGGGAUGAAAUCGUAGCGUGUAGCAUUAAGGUCGGGAAAAAUGAUCAAAUUGGGAGUGCUAAAGCAGGUGAUGUCAUAGACGACGUGGCUAUUGUGGUAUGUACAAGGAGGGGGGUGCGAGGCGAGACGGUGCACGGUGCAUCCACUGGAAUGACCUGUUCGCGCACGACUGUACCCGUUCGUUGUAGCUUGAUAUCAUCAUCAAAGAUGUUUUGUGUGCGAACCUGAAUUUUAUGUAAGUUCACUUUGUGGGUGUGCAAUCGAUCGUGCGUUUCGUACUCGUCAAUGUUCGCACGAAUAGGUUCACCAAGGUGAACACAGCUCUUCUUGUGUUGAGUGUUGGCCUUUUUUUUUGUUGUGAAGAGCUGUGGACGGUCGUCCUUACACAAUGGGACGGUUGGGUGUGCGUGCUUUUGAGAGUUGACGAGAAGAAUUAACGAUAAAGGACGCUUUUCAUACCCGCCCCCUUGAUCCCCAGCACGUCCUGCGGACCCACAACAAGCACAAAGGGGGUCUUCGUGUUUGUUUCCAAUCGCGGUGUUUUUAUGUCCUGGAUCAUUUUAUUGGCUGGGAUCAUGAUCAUGUGUUGUCAGCGUCUGCCUCUGUGUUUGUGUUUU